AUGGAUAUCAAGGUCCAGUAUCUAAAGUGGGCUCAAGGAACCAUCUUCCCAGCUCCCAAUUUCAAUCCCAUAAUGGAUGCCCAAAUGCUGGGAGGAGCACUCCAAGGAUUUGGUUGUGACAAAGACAUGCUGAUUGGCAUUCUAACUCAGCGGUGCAAUGCACAAAGGCAAAUGAUUGCAGAGGCAUACCAGAGCAUGUAUGGUCGGGACCUGAUUUGUGACCUGAAGGAGAAUCUCUCAGAUCAUUUCAAAGAUGUUAUGGUUGGCCUCAUGUACCCACCUCCAUCUUACGAUGCUCAUGAACUCUGGCAUGCCAUGAAGGGAAUGGGUACUGAUGAGAAUUGCCUUAUAGAUAUAUUAGCUUCAAGAACAAAUGGAGAAAUUUUCCAGUUGCAAGAAGCCUAUUCUAUGCAAUACAAUAAUAACCUUCAAGAAAACAUUUACUCAGAGACCUCAGGACAUUUCAGAGAUACUCUCAUAAACUUGGUCCAGGGAACCAGAGAGGAAGGAUAUACAGAUCCUGUUAUGGCUGGGCAGGAUGCAAUGGUUCUGUGGGAAGCCUGUCAGCAGAAGACAGGAGAACACAAAACCAUGCUGCAGAUGAUCUUAUGUAACAAGAGCUACCAACAGCUCUGGCUGGUUUUCCAGGAAUUUCAAAAUAUUUCUGGGCAAGACAUAGUAGAUGCCAUUAAUGAAUGUUAUGAUGGAUAUUUUCAACAGCUUCUAGUUGCAAUUGUUCUCUGUGUUCGAGAUAAAGCAUCCUAUUUUGCUUACAGAUUAUAUAGAGCCAUCAAUGACUUUGGUUUCCAUAAUAAAACUGUAAUCAGGAUUCUAAUUGCCAGAAGUGAAAUAGACCUAAUGACCAUAAGAAAACGGUAUAAAGAAAGAUAUGGAAAAUCACUGUUUCAUGAUAUCAGAAAUUAUGCUUCAGGACAUUAUGAGAAAGCUCUGCUUGCCAUCUGUGCUGGUGAUGUUGAGGACUACUAA